CUCUUCACGAAUCACGAUUCACUCGUACGCUGCGAUCCCGCGCUGUGGAAGCCACAUAUUGCCCCUAGUUUGAUACUUUGUAUCCCCGUUACAGCACAAGACCAUUAGGUUUCAGGAAGAUGAUUUAGGAAGGCGGCAAGGCUACGUAGUCGCACAAGGAACGAUUAUAUUAAACUCGAUAACUUAUCGGGCAAUAACACCGAUUUCGAUCCAAACCCCGGAAUCGUUUGCGACAGUUGAGUGUCCAACCACCGCACGGAGCGCAAUCGGGGCUGCAACUUCGAUUCUGCACUGAAUCGAGCCGGAAUUACUACCCCUGAGUCCAGAUUCAAUUCAACUGCAUCCAACCCGCUCGCUUUAUACUUCACUCUUAAUUUUGCCUUUCUUCAUGCUCUAUUGUCAUUCUCUGCUUUUGCUAUUACAAUUCCCACCCUGCGCCUAUCACUAGAAAUGGCAACAAUCAUUUCCACGAACGUUCUGAAACAGGAAGCCGAUGAUCACCUAAGAGACAUCCGUAAGCGGAAGGGUGUUGAUGUUUCAAAUGGGCAGCAAUCUAACAAUGUGGAAGACUUGAAUCGUGCAUUGAACAUACUUUCUGACCAGCUGUACAAAAAGCCGACUCAUUUCUUACUGGAGUUAAUUCAGAAUGCCGAUGAUAAUACUUUCGAGAGUGAUAUUCCAACGAUUUCCUUAACUUUGGAUAUCGCUACGGAUAAUUAUCUGCGCAUCGACUGUAAUGAGGUUGGUUUCAAUAAAGCCAAUGUAGAAGCCCUCUGUCGAAUCGGAUUUAGCACGAAGAAAGACAAGGAAAGAACUAAAGGCUACAUUGGAGAGAAGGGUAUCGGUUUUAAGUCUAUAUUCAAGGUUGCGGACACUGUCCAUAUCUCUUCAAAGGGAUAUGCAUUCAAAUUCGAUCGACGCAGCAUGCUCGGCAUGAUUGCACCUAUUAUCGAAGCCUUUCCACCGGAGCAUUUGAAAAUUGGCCAAACACAGACCUUUCUUGAGAUCAAAGGCAAUGCAGAGUACAAAGAUAUCCACAUCGAGCUUGAGAAGUUACAGCCACAGAUUCUCAUCUUUCUGCGUAAAAUACGUAAGUUAGUUAUUUAUACGCCUCGUAUGGGAAAACGCCAGUUCGAUAUUCGGAGGCUCAACCAGGACGCAGAUUUUGAUGGGGAAGAGACAGCGAUUUUGACAAGCAGAUGCUCGAGGGACAACAAGCCUACAGAGCACAGGUAUAUCAUUGUCCGUCGUAUUGAGACAACUCUCGAGAAAGACGACCGAAGGGAGAACAUCACAGAGACAGAGACUGUGCUGGCGUUCCCAAUAGAUGAGGAAAUGAGACCAGUACUACACGACCAGCAUACCUACGCAUACCUUCCGAUAGAUGACUACGGCUUCAAUUAUCUCAUACAGGGAGAUUUUCUCUUGAUCGCCAACAGGGAAAGCGUUGAUUCAUCGAGGUGGAACGACAGCGUCCUGACAGGUGUGUUGAGAACAUUUGUACGGCGAGCUGUUCCCCGAUUCAAUGAGAUCCAUGGAAGCUCUCCAAGCCUUCGCUAUAUGUGGCCUCUUUUUCUGAUGGACAAUGGGGGAACGGACAAAUUCUGGUCGAAAUUAAAGCGGUGGAUAUUCAGCCGGCUCGCAAAACGAGACGUCCUUGAAUGCCGACACAAUAUGGACCUUUCGCGCCCCGAUUCUCUAUUCUAUAUUCCAUCGGAAUUCCGAUUCAAGGGCGAGCCUUUGGUCGAAGACGAGAAGAUUACGCCGUAUCAUCUCUCUUUUGCCUACGAUCCAGAGAUCAGUCAGAUCUUACCACAGCUCACACGAAUGGGCGUGAAAGUCAUGUCAUUCUUGGAUUUCUAUACGGAACUGCGUGCUCUCAUUGCUCGGCGCGGCAUUUCAUUUCUGAAAGGAAAGUCCAACCAAUGGCACUCAAAGGUGGCAGGUCUUUUUUAUCGCGAAGGAAGCGUGUCACAGCUGCAACAUAUCCCCCUCAUCCCUCUGCAUGAUGGCCGAUGGGUUACAACCUCCCAGGGCAAUGUAUUUCUUGAAGAAGAUACAUCCCGUACGGCAGUCCCGGGUGGGUUGGAUAUCAAUUUGGUUGAUGCUGAGGCAUGCCAGGAUGCUAAUCGAAAAGAUUUCUUCCGGUGGCUUUGCAUAGAGAAGUGUGACCAAGCUGCAGUCUGCCAGUUGAUCAUGCAACGCUAUAAUGCAUUUCGCGGGCUAUCCUUGACACAUUCUAUCCAAGAUUUGAUCUACCUGUUUCAGACGCCCCGGGCUGUUUACAAAAAAUCUCUUGAGGGAUUCCAGCUACUUCCCGCUACACCACUGAACGGUUUCAGAUACGCCAAAAGGUUCUACAUUGAACAUCCGGGCAAGUCGUCAAUCCUAACUAAGUAUGCUAGGGAUCCGGCAAGUAACAUUUCACUUCUGCAUCCGGAUUAUCUUAACGCAGUCCGCACUCUGGGGAAAGAAUCUGAGUUCUUGGAUUGGGCCUGCUCUCGCUUGAAAAUUUCCACUCACCCCCGCCUCAUCGAUAACUCUCAGAACUUAACCCCAGAAUUCAAGUUCCUGAAGAAUAAUGCAGCUAUAGAUUUGCUGCUCCUUUUACGGGAUCAUUGGGAUAUGUAUUAUGACCAUCUCAAUCUCAAAUUGACCACAGCAGUUUCAGAGAUGCUCGUGGAUUGCACCGACGGGCUCGCUCGCCGUUUAGACGAGACCGCCCUACCACUUGAGAAACUGAAACUUGAGGGCCCGGACCUGUCAUUCAUAGCGAUUCCUGAGCACAAUGACGUUCGCUGGCUUAGAUUCUUGCACUUCGGUGUCCUUACCAAUCCAUCCGCUGCGUUCUACCUUCGUCAGCUCAAAGCUCUCACUUCUCGACCAGACUCUAGCACCGCUUCCAAAUUAUCAGUUCAGGCAGCAUACGCCGGGCUUGAAUCCUCCAUAGGAUCGUUCCCAAGAGAGGCACAGGUUGAGUUCACACGACAUCCACUCGUCUUCAUCGAGGGGCUCAAACGAUGGGUCUUUUUGCGCGACUGCGUAUGGGGCGGGCCCCAUCUAGCUUCGGCAUACCACCUCAGCACUGAAUUUCCUCAGUAUAAGAAGUUAUUUCGAGACCUUCUGAAACUGGGAAACGUAACUCUUGAUCAUGUCAUCCAGGAGCUGGACUGUGUGACGAGCAGCACAUCCUUCAGCAGGCUUGAAGAGUUGCUAUUGUAGUUGAAUGAAUAUUUGAGAAAGGGGUCUCCCAAAAACUGCUUGUCAAAGUUGAGAGGGAAGGACAUAAUCCCGGUAAGGAUGCCUAACGGAAGCCUCUGCCGUAUGACCUACGGCUCGGACACUUGGUAUCUUGCAGACAGGCAGAAGUUGUGGGACUGCUUCGAUGGAAGGCUUCCACUCAUCACCUUCGACGUCACAACAGUCCGGAAAUUGGAUCCUCUCAUACAGGCUAUGGAUUUGUCGGACAAGUUACUUUCUAAAGCAGGUGAGCAAACUUUGGAAGCAAUUGGGGACUUGAUUUACGAUGAAGAACGGAGCUUAGAGCUCAGGAGAAGAGCGUCAUAUUUCCAGCGGUAAGUAGCCUUGCAUGCAUAAAUGGAGAGGAUUCU